AUGGCUUUCUGGAAGCGCCGGACAGAAAGCAAAUGUUCAGGACCGUGCUGGCGUGACGGCACGGCGCCACCAGCACAAUAUCCCGAGCCAGUGAGCUUGCCGGUACGUGGUGAUGGCCUUGCGCGACCAGAGCUUGGGGAUAGACCAGACACCUGGCAAAAGUGGCCACGCUUGGAUACACAUCAGGUAGGUCAAGUGUGCAGCCCAUCAGUGGAUGCUCUGGCCAUGAAGACGCGGCAGCGCCAACCCAAGUGCUUGGCUUCUGCUCGCGGCAGCGCGCAACACAAGGAAGAUGAUUUAUGUGAGAAAUGGGUCGUGAAGUGGGCCGGCGAACUUGAGCCUUGGUUAGUGAUCUCUCCAAGCUUUUUGCUUCUAGGAGAAGCAGCCAUGCCUUCCCUGAAGAGGGUUUUGCAGGGUAAGGCGGCAGCGACUUUGCGGAAGCAUUUCCCAGGUUGGCGGCGUUGGUGCAGCUUUGCACAGCAGCAGCAAUGUGCUUUAGUGAGCCCACCACUACAGUUCAUGGUGUGGUUUUUCCAAGCAUUGGCAGAGGCAAAACACGGAGUGUCUUCCUGUGCAAGCGCGCUGCGGUUUGUAGCUGGUGUGCUUGGAAUGUUAGAAUGGUCAGCAGCUCUAAGUAGCCCGGUGGUUGCUGCUUGGUGCAGCGAGCAAGCAUAUCGUCGAGCCCGAAAAGAAGCUUUGCCUCUCCCUUUGGUGAUAGUAGCUAUGUUUGAAGAGGCUGUGCUUGAGGACAUGAGAUUGGGAGUUUUCAGCCCUGAUACAGCGUUACUGACUGGCUUCCUCAUGAUGCUAUGGGGGGCGCUCCGCUUUUCAGAUCUGCAAAGAGUCAGGGUGCCGGAUCUGGAGAUCGGACAGGGCGUGGUCAGGGGUGAAUGUUGGCGCACAAAGUCGGCUCGGGGCGGAAUGCCUUUCGGAGCUCAGCUGAAAGUCUUGCGUUCCAUUCGUGCGGGCUGGUGCCCCCUGACACCGCAAGCGCGCGGCGGCAAAGAGCCACUGAAGGAGGUAAACAUCACCAGUGCGGCUGCUACGCCUUUGGUUAUACCUGCAGGCCUAGAGCCGCCGGCUGUGCAAGGGCUUGAGCACUGGGUUGCCAAGCUGUUGUUGUUGCGUGGCCAAUGGGGCCAGGGCUUGAGCACUGGGGAGUUGGUUGCUGCUUUCUUUCUUGUGUUUGCUGAGAUGGAUUCAGUGGAAGCCUUCGACAAGCUGUUGUCGGACCUCUCUGUUGUAGAGGGUGUGCGCGCGAAGCUCAAAGAGAGGGGAUAUACCACAGCUGCUGGAUUAUAUUGGGCAUUGGAGGCAGGUGCGGAAACCACAUUUCAGCAUGUGCUGGAGGCAGCUUCUGUGGAGGUAGGACAGGCAGCUUCUAUUAUGCAGACCUUGGAAGCAGGUAAGCUGCGCAGACUCUUGUGUGAUUGCAAAAGACUCUGUACUGUGGCGGUGCCCGCUGCACCUGAGCCAGCCUCCACCGCAAUGGUGCCUAUUUCUUCGGGUAGCCAUUUGCUGGGCAUUGAGUUGGGCCCAAAGCUUGGAUCUGAAGUAUUGCAGCAAUUGUGGUUGGACUUUGAUAAGAAGUACCCAGCGGAAGUUUUGACCGCGGAGCUGAAGCCAUGUAGGCAAUUGGUUCAGGCGAUCUAUACCCAAAAAAUGCAAGGCGAGUUAAGGUUCAUCCCUUGGCGAAACAUCUUAAGCCAGGCAGAGGCCGACAAGGUAAAGCAAUUCUCCCAAAAGAAAGAAAAGGCGUUUAUGGAUAUAUUAGCUGAAGCAGCAGGUCAGUCAGAUGUGCCAGAGGUAGAUCCUUCGGCAUCGCCUUUUGCAGUGCAGAAGCUUCUGCAUGUCCGUGCAAUUUGUUGGGCUCUCUUGGGUUGGUGCCACCUGGGAGCGGCCCGCUCUUUGACUUACAAGUUCAUUGACCUCUAUGCAGUGACGGGUUUGGGUGCUUUAGGGUUGCGUGGGCCAAGUUUGGCAGAGGCUGAGGCAGCAGAUGCUGAAUGUUGUCGGCAGCUGAGCGCGCUGAUGGCCCGUGGGCAUACGUUGGAUCAAGCCUUGCAUGAAGUGGUUGAGGUGCGCAACUCUCUCCACAUGUGGUUGCAACCGCGCCCGCGCUUCGCACCCUUGAAGCCAAGUAAUCAUGGCAAAGGCGCUGCUUCUGCACCAUAUGGUCAAGGGCUUUCGAAACAAAGCAAGAAGGGUGGCGGCAAAGGAAAAGGUAAAGAUUUAAAGAUGACCGUGGAAAUGAGGGCCCCAAGUGGCAAGUCAAAUUUUGUUGUAGCGGUCGAGCAAUCCUCGGCGGAUGAGGCUGGGGUGGUGCUCCCGCUCGAGGUUGAGCGAUCCUCGGCGGAGGAGGCUGGGGUGGUGCUCCCUCGUACUGACCAGGUUGAGCGAUCCUCGGCGGAGGAGGCCGGGGUGGGGCUCCCUGGGUGCCGCGCCUACCACUCCAUCAAGCUGAAAGAUGGCGGUGGGCUUUUCAGCACUCUAGAUUGGCAACUUCCACCGCCCGAUGCGUGGCAAGAUCGCCUUGGUUCAGUGCGAUCAGCUAUUUGGCGCACAUUGCCAUUCGGCGCAGCAUCGCGUUUGGGCGCUCUGCCCUUAGAUGGGCCCAUGUUUUCUGAAGCGGAAGUGGCAGCUAUGCGUGCGGAAGUUUGUUCAGCUUUGGGCGUUGACUUAGACUGGGCGGAGCGAUCCUUUGAGCUGACGCCUUACAAGUUCAACUUGCUGGAAGCCAUGGCUGCUAGACUAGGAGACAUGGACGUGGGUCUGUGCGCUCUGUUAAAAGAAGGGGCUCCAACGGGCGUUGGAAAGAAAAUACCGGCGUCAGGUGUAUGGCCACUUUUGGAUACGGAAGAUCCAGUUGAGGGUGCAAUACCGGAUCUAGUUCUUUGCGAUUCAAAUCACAAAUCAGCAGGGGAGGUGGAGAAGGUGCGUGCGCUGGUAGAUAUGGAAGUGCAGCAGGGUUACAUGCAGCGUAUAGGUAGUUUGGAACAAGUGAAGCAGCGGUUCCCAAGUGACAAGCUGGCUAUUGGCAAACUUGGAGUAGUAUCUUGUGAAGGAAAGGAUGAUCGUUUGAUUGGUGAUUCCCGUGCAUCGGGCGUGAGCCCGGCAGCGCAGUUCAGCGAGCGUGCGGAAGUGCCAAGUCUGUACCAUUUCUCCGCUGCUUUGGAUCGAUUUGCAGAGUGGUCCUAUAAGCAAGGAAAGAGGGCAAAGCCCAUCGCAUCUGCAGAGGACUGGUGCCUUUUCUCAAUUGACAUAAAAGGGGCUCAUAAAAGUGUCAGGACACACCCGGAAGAUGUGGGCUUAGCAGUUUUUCAGGUGGAAGGCGAGCACUUCGCCUACGUCAACAAUCACUUUGGUGCGUCCUGGUCUGCGUACUGGUGGUCAAGGCUUUCUGCCUUGCUUUUGCGUGUGAUGCACCAUGUGCUCCGCCACUGCCAUGUUGGUGGCGUAUAUGUUGAUGAUUUUUUAUGGUUGCUGCCGCGUGAGACUGCGCCGCUCAUGGCUUCAUUGUUGACAGCAUUGUUGCAAAUCUUGAAUGUGCCCAUUUCUUGGCGAAAGCUAGCGUUUGGCCGCAGCCUAUCUUACAUUGGUUGGAAGCUUUCCUUGAUUGGUGGGUUGUCAGCACAGCUGCCAAUCAAUAAGCAAGAACGGAUACUGGCGCAAGUGCAACAUUGGAUCAUUCAUCCCAGACGAGUGAGCAGGGAUGACUUGUCCAGGCUGCUUGGCUUGUUGGUAUGGGCACCACAGGUAAAGCUCACCCUGCGCCCCUUUUUAGCGCCGCUGUUUGCUGCUCUGCACCGCCCCUCACAAAAGUUGCAAUGUGUUGGCCUUCAGCAAAUUGAGGAAAUUGUUCAGCUGUUGGGAGAAAAUUUAGUGCUCGCGGCUGGUGCGAGGACUUGUGACGUACAAGCUGGUUGGCGCUUGUCAAGUGUAGGUUCACUUGUGGUACGUGAUUUGCAGCAAGCACGGCAACUGCUGGAGCAGCCGCGGCUCAAAAACGGCAAAGUUUGGCUCCGCUUCAAAGCGUGGAGCCGGACAAUGGACUUGGAUAAAGCUGCUGUGCGCUCAUUGCAGGUGCUGCAACAGAGCCUGCGUGCUAACCUCUUCAGCUGGGCAGGAUCUCAGACAGUCUUGUCUGGUGCCGCAGAUGCUUGGGCAGAUGCGACAAAGGCUGGCUUGGGCGGUUGGUUUGAAUCUUCUACUGGUUUGCAUUGGUUUCAUGUGCCGUUGCGGCGGGAAGACAUACCAGCAGACUGGGAUUUCCCCCUUUCAAUGCAGAAAGCAAUCUCCAGCUUGGAACUACUUGCGCAAUUAGCGCUGCUAUUGGCACGUGUGCGUGUGGAGGGAGCAGGCUUCAAAUAUCGAGCCGUGCUUCAUCAGCAGUCGGACAACAUGGCUGUGGUUGGCUGCUUGGCAAAAGGUUUGGCUACCAAGCCGCCCUUGGCAACGGUGCUCAUGCACCUUGCGCGGCAUUGCCUCAAGGCAGAUUGUGCUUUGGAUGUGGCGCACAUUGCUGGUGAGCGUAAUGAACUGGCAGACAGGCUGAGCCGGCUGAACGAAGAUGAAGCCAGGCUGCCGUCGGCCGCUCUUCAAGGAAACAAAGUGGAACUUACAGUGGCAGAAUUGAUGAGUGAUGUGCAGCUGUAG